AUGCCUCCUCGUAAGCCUCAGGUUGCCUCACACAACGCACUUGGCCAGGAAACGAGCCCAGAAGAGAGUCAAGGGGCUGGGGACAAGGCUGCGCACAAGAGGAAGCUGGAUGACAGAGCUGGAGAUGUGUCAACAGCCUCCAAACGUGGUAGGAAGGCUCUGAUGCAGCCACGGACCACAGCACUCAAAUCAGCGUCAGCACCUCUGGUUGAUUGUAAGACGGCACCAGUAGCUCACCUAGUUCCUCCGGAUUCCAUCCCGCCUCAUCUGCCACAGUCAUUCAACACUAUGUUGCCACCGGACCAGCGUUACGAUGCAUAUAUGCAUCCUGAUGCGAUGGAGGCAAAGCUGUCAGAAGUAAACAAUCAUCCAUCUGGACCUGCAGACAGACCUAUCGAUCCUGCACUUGAGGCACCACAUGAGCUAGACACACCAUCACUGAUACAAGGCUACGACCCUGACACCGAGAGAAUGCCGCCUCCUGCUACGAACCAAUCAAUCCCAUCCGCAUUAGCGAGUGCUGCAAUCAUCAAGAGUCCAUUUGCUUUUAUGACUCCAGAUGGCUCGCAUUCAUCAUCUGUAGCCUCAUGUGUAUCAGCAACCAGUAGACAGGGUGCAGGAACUCCGAGUCUCACCAAACCGACCACUGGCAUGCGAGCUGUCAUCCUGAAGUGGCUUAUGGACACAAUCACACACCUGGAGAAUGAAAUGAAGGCUCUGAAGGAGAAGCAGGAUGAAGCUACUGACAUCAUAGAUGAACAAGCUCGUGAGAUAGAUAAGCUUCGCCUGGAGCUUCAAAUACUACACAAUGAACACAAUCAGCUCAGAGAAGACGUCGAAAAAACACGCACAUCGCUCAAUUCCGUCUCUUCAAACAUUGACGUGAUUACCAAAUCGCUUGAAGGAAGUAGUGAGCCAUCCAAAUCCAAGGCAGCACAGGCGGUUAGUGACAAUUCAAAGGAUAAUAUCUGGAAUACGGGAGUCCACAAAUGUUUCUUGAAAGGCAUUGGUAUUACAAAACCAUCAGCAAUAAAGGCCUGCCAUCCGCAUGACGACGGCAUACAAAUCAAAGGGGACCAAGUUCGGCCUGACUUUAGCAAAGACUGGAGUGAAAACGCAUCAUGGCACACCCACCUUGUGCAGUACAUCAAGCACAAUAUCAGAUCAUGCCAUCCAAUUGUUUCCCAGGAUCUUCUCGCUUCAAAAACGGAUGAAGACAUCCUCAAGUGCCUCCACAAAAACUUCAAGUAUUACGCAGCAGAGUACUGCAGUGCCAACAAAAUCUCGUUAACAACAGGAAAAGUAAAAGGAAAGAUUGACUCACGAGUAGCACGACACGAAGCACGCAAACGAGCCAAAUUGGAGGAGCGUAACCAUGUGCGACCUGCAUCAAGCCUCAUGUCCGCUGCAUGGGAUUAUGUGUUCCAGUUAGCGUAUCAGAGCACCAAUGAGAGCAUGCCAUCAGAGGAUGAGUGUGGGGGAAUUGACCCGGACACAGAUGAGGAAAAGGAUGUUCGCAAGAAGCCACCAGCAAAGGCCAAGGUAUGUGACGAACACACAGCUGAAUCGGAUCAGUUCAAUCAAGCCAUGGAUCACCUCAAUGGCCUCGCACUUGAGGACAAAAAAUUCAGCCAUCGUCAUCCACGCAUCAUUGGUGAUCCACGCGAUCAAGAGUUGCCGUAUGUUAAGAUGGGUCCGAAGAUACCCCUUGGUGCGAUCGAUCCUGAGUGGCUACAUGCGCACCCUCAAGACCCAUCGAGGUACAAUGGAAGAAUUGGCACACCUGAACAAGCCUAUGGCUUGAAUGACGAGGGAUUAGCGGACGAUGAAAGAGAACCACUAGCCAACGAGGAUGACGAGGACUUGUACAAUGCCUAG